AUGUUCAAGCUUGCUGUCUUUGUCCUCGCCGUUGUCCUCUCUGUGGCCUCUGCCCAGACCAGUGGAAACUACUACACCUUUGGCCCAUCAGGUAUUGCCUGCACUGUUGGCAACACCAACUGCCCACACUUCUUCCUCAACGAGGUGAACGGAGGCGCUGUCCACGUGCCAAUCGUCAACUUUGUCUAUAGCAACGCCAACCUCGACCCAGUCGUCGUCCAAGGAGGUGCCUCUGGUGAGGUCGUCCUGUUCGGUGCCGUCAACGGUUACGAUUUCGAGAUCUACGAGGCCUACCGUCUGCUUCCACUCAUCAGCGGUGCCCCAACCGGUGCCCUCUACACCCUGCACCCAUCCAACUACAUGUGCCCAGUCACCGGCCCAUGCUACCGUCUCAAGGCCCUCGCCCUGAACAACGGCACCGUCACCCUCGCCACCUCGUACACCGAGCCAUACUCGUCGACCAUCUCCUUCAUCGACACCAACUGGUUGGCUGACCGCAUCAUGGCCUCUGCCCUCGUCCAGGGAAGCGUCAUCGGAGGUGUCUUCACCGCCACCGGAGUCUACGUCAAGGUCGACGACCAGAUCUCCUGCCCAGCCUCCCCACAGUACAUGUGCGCCAUCGGCAACGUCCGCGCCUACAACCGUGACAUCAACAGAUGCUGGACCCUCGUCGGAUGUGUCCACAGCGGAAUCUGCCCACACUUCCUGCCAGCCUGUGCUGCCGGAUACGACCUCAUCAGUGUGCCAUCUGCACCAAACGGAUGCAACCACUUCUACUGUGAUGCUUCAUUCUUGACCCAGAAGCAUUAA